AUGGCCAAUGGGCAAAUCAGAAGCAUAUUUGGUUUCACGAGUGGAUCAAAGUCAGAGGCCAACCGUUCUUCGGAUCGGAGUGCUGACCGAAAAGAGGUAUCAAUCAUAUUUGCGAAGUUCGCACAAUUGAUUCAUGCCUCUCAGCGCCCUAUUCCCCCGGCCGUGGGCAAUGCCGCAAGCAUUGAGGGAGAAUCUGGAGCUUCAAGCAGCAGCAUCUGGCAGGACAUGCAGACCAUUGGCAUCAACGAUGUAAAGACUCUGAAGGAUCUCGUGGGAAGCAAAAUGGCUGGCGAUGUUAUGGAUGAUAAGACCUACCUGAUGGAACGCGUCAUCCAGCUGGUCGCUGACCUCCCCGCUCAAUCGAAAACAAGAGUUGAUUUGACCAACGCGUUCAUCGACGGACUCUGGGAUUCGCUCCAGCAUCCCCCAAUGUCGUAUAUUGGAGAUAUGUUCGCCUACCGCCAGCCGGAUGGGUCGAGCAAUAACGUCAUGAAUCCUCAACUAGGGGCAGCGAACACUGCAUACGCUCGAAGUGUCAUGCCCAAGACAGUGACUCCUGAUUCGAUGCCCGAUCCAGGAUUGGUGUUCGACUGUCUCUUUGCUCGUCAGAACUUCAGAGAGCAUCCCAACAAAGUGUCCAGCAUCUUAUUUUACUGGGCAUCACUGAUCAUUCAUGAUCUAUUCCAGACUGAUCAUCGAGAUUUCAACAUGUCUCAGACGUCAUCUUACCUGGAUCUGUCGCCGUUGUAUGGCGACAAUUGGGAGGACCAGAAACUGAUGAGGACCUUCACGGAUGGGAAACUGAAGCCUGACUGUUUCUCCGAAAGCCGCCUCUUGCUUUUCCCUCCUGGGUGUGGUGUUCUCCUGAUCAUGUUCAACCGUUUCCACAACUAUGUUGUCGAGCAAUUGGCAGCCAUCAAUGAAAAUGGCAAGUUUUCGCAGCCACAGGCGGGUUUGUCCAAGGACGCGCACUCCAAAGCAACAUUGAAGCGAGAUCAAGACUUGUUCGAAACCGGACGCCUCAUCACAUGUGGUUUAUACAUGAACAUCACACUCCUUGACUAUCUUCGCACCAUCGUCAACUUGAACCGCACAAACUCGACUUGGACACUUGACCCUCGGGUUGACAUGGAAGAGAAGGUGUUCGGAAAAGAUGGAUCUCCCCGUGGUGUCGGUAACCAGGUUAGCGCAGAGUUCAACCUUGUAUAUCGCUGGCACUCCGCCAUAAGCCUGAAAGAUGAAGCAUGGGCAGAAAAGGUGUAUCAGGAUAUGUUUGGCAAGCCAGCUGCAGAUGUGUCUCUUCCUGAGGCCCUUGCUGGAAUGCACAAGCUGGGAGAAUCGCUUGAUAAGGAUCCACAAGAGAGACCAUUCGCAAGCCUCCAGAGGGGACCUGAUGGCAAGUACAAGGACGAUGAUUUGGUCACCAUUAUGUCCGAUGCUAUUGAAGAUACUGCAGGUGCCUUCGGUGCAAACAACGUCCCCAAAGCACUCAAGGCGAUAGAAAUCCUUGGUAUGACCCAAGCCCGCAAAUGGGGACUGGCAACAUUGAACGAAUUCCGGGCGUUUUUCAAGCUGAUGCCACACGACUCGUUCGAGAGCAUCAACUCUGACCCACAGGUCGCGGAGCACUUGCGCCGGCUGUAUGGACAUCCUGACUUUGUUGAGAUGUACCCAGGCCUCGUAGCCGAAGAAGCAAAGGUUCCAAUGGUGCCUGGUGUCGGUAUUGCGCCGACCUUCACUAUCUCUAGAGCGAUCCUUUCGGAUGCGGUUACUCUGGUCCGAUCAGAUCGGUACUAUACUAUCGACUACCAUCCGAAGAACCUUACAAAUUGGGGGUACAACGAAGCCCAAUACGAUCUCAACAUUGAGCAAGGUUGCGUCUUCUAUAAGCUCUUUUUACGAGCCUUCCCACAUCACUUCAAGCCGGACUCCAUCUACGCACAUUAUCCAAUGACAAUCCCAAGCGAGAACCAGAAGAUCAUGAGAAACCUCGGCCGCGAAGCCCAUUACUCCUAUGAUCGUCCAAAGCUACUUCCACCGCGGAUAAAUUUGAGUAGUUACCUCGCAGCAAAGACGGUCCUUGAAGACCACAAGUCAUUCCGCACCUUGGGUGGUACGUUGGAAGAGCUAAUGGGAAAAGAAGCGUGUCCCGUACCCUCCGGCAGCACAGAUCCCCAUUCGAAGCAGAGGCAAGUAUUGCAAAAAUGGCUUUACAAAGACAACUGGCAGCAGGAUGUCAAAGCCUUCUACGAGCACAUCACACUGAAGCUGCUCCACAAGAAGUCGUAUAAGCUCGCCGGCAUUAAUCACGUUGAUAUCACCAGAGACGUCGGUAACCUUGCACCUAUCCACUUCGCAGCCAACCUUUUCGGCCUCCCCCUACGGACCGAAGAAAACCCCGAUGGCGCGUUCACGGAACGCGAGUUGUAUAUGGCUAUCGCCGUGAUCUUUGCUUGCAUUUGCUUCGACAUUGAACCCGCGAAGUCGUUCCCACUCCACAUGGCGGCGCAAGCCCUCAGCGAGAAACUCGGAACGCUGGUGGAAACGACCGUGCGGUCCGUCAACCGGACCGGCAUCGUCUCCAGACUCGUCGACUCCUGGCGGGAGAACGACAAUGCCUUGCAAGAUUAUGGCGCGCGCAUGGUUCGUCGGCUCUUGGACUCGGGACUCAGUGUUGAGGAUAUCGCAUGGAGGCAAAUUCUGCCGACCACGUGUGCGAUGGUGCCGAACCAGGCCCAGGUGUUUACGCAGAUCCUGGAUUUUUAUCUGUUGGACGUGAAUAAGGAACACCUGUCCGAGAUCCAUCGUCUGGCGAAAUCGGACACUCCGGAGGCGGAGGAGAAGCUUCUGGGUUAUUGCAUGGAAGGCAUUCGACUGAAUGGCACCAUCGGCGUGUAUCGCGAAGCGCACAGCGCCGUAUCCAUUGAUGAUGGCGGGAAAUCCGUGAACAUCAAGCCUGGCGACAAAGUGUUCGUAUCAUUUAUCAACGCGGCGAAGGACGCAAGCGUGUUCCCAGACCCGGAUGAGGUCAGGAUUGAUCGGCCUUUGGACAGCUACAUCCACUAUGGCGCAGGGCGGCAUAAGUGCUUGGGCAAGGACGCUAGCUGUGUCGCGUUGACGGCUAUGUUGAAGACAGUUGGCCGGUUGGAGAAUUUGAGAAGAGCUCCUGGUCCGAGAGGGCAAUUGAGGAAGAUUUCGAAGGAAGGAGGAUGCGAUAUGUAUAUGCGUGAACAGGGAGAUAGCUACUUCCCUUUCCCAAUGACGAUGCAAGUCAACUGGGACGGAGACCUUCCACCAUUGGGAGUCUAGGGACAAGGCGCUCCAGCUGAGGCGUUGGGGAGAACUUCCUAUGAUCUAAAUUGGCCGAAUUAGUUAUUCGAUAAUAACAAAGCAAACCGAAGUCUGG